AGUGCAAUAAAAGGGGAGCUGUAUAGUUGGGUAGGUUAAGUGCUUUCAAGUCUUUAUUUUGUUUCUUUUCUCUAAAAUUUGGCCUUGGGUGCAAUUCCAAAGCAGCAAAAUUCUCAUCUUCACUGCAAUAAUAUGAGACCCAAGUACAAGCAAAACAAUCAUGGCCUUGGCCUUGGGUGCUGAAUCCAUAAGAGAGGGGACCUUCUCUUUGCAGCAGUUUUAAUUAACCACCUUCUUCAAUCUUCACCCACCUUCCUUCCCACCAUUAAUACACACAGAAAGAGAGAGAGAAGAAGAAAGAUAAGUCUCUUUCUUUUUACCUUUUCUUGUGUGUAUGAGUGUUUGGAGCAAGUGAUUUCAAGGGACAAAAAAAACUCAGAUUUGCUCUUGUGCUCUUUUGUUUUCCUUCCUUUUGCCAGAAAAUUUAUCGUGUGUUGCUUUUCUGAGAUUCUUUCUUCCCUUUUUUUUUUUUUUUUUUUCUUGAGAGUUGAGACUGAAUGAGAAAUGGGUUUUUUGGAAAGGAAGAUAAAUUUUCCUGGUCUUCCUCUUCUUCCUCUUGUUCUUGCCCUUGUCUUCCUGGAAAAUUUUACUCUCAUUUCUGCUCUAAAUUACACAAACUAUAGGCAAGUCAGUAGCUUAAGACUUAAAAGGAUUCAGAGGCACUUGAACAACAUUAACAAGCCUGCUGUGAUGACCAUUGAGAGCCCAGAUGGAGAUAUCAUAGAUUGUGUUCAUAAAAGAAAACAACCAGCUUUGGAUCACCCUCUUUUAAAAAAUCACAAGAUUCAGAGAAUGCCAUCAGAAAUGCCAAAAGUGAAAAAGAAGAAGGAAGGAGAAAUUGAGAGAGAGAUGAAGAGUAAUGAAACAGUGGAACAAGGUGCAUGGCAAAUGUGGCAUACAAAUGGAACCAGGUGCCCUAAAGGAACUGUUCCAAUACGGCGGAGCUCAGUUUAUGAUGUUUUGAGAGCCAAGUCUUUGUUUGACUUUGGGAAAAAGCGCCGCUCUAUCUAUCUUUCUCGACGCACUGAUGCACCCGAUGUAAUUAGUAGCAAUGGACACGAGCAUGCGAUCGCCUACACCGGAUCACAGGAGGUGUACGGAGCAAAGGCAACUAUUAACGUGUGGGACCCAUCGAUACAAGUUGUCAACGAGUUCAGCCUAUCACAGAUUUGGGUUCUUUCGGGAUCAUUCGACGGCUCAGAUCUCAACAGCAUAGAAGCUGGAUGGCAGGUCAGUCCGGAGCUUUAUGGUGACAACAACCCCAGAUUGUUUACAUACUGGACAAGUGAUUCAUACCAGGCUACAGGAUGCUACAAUCUUCUCUGUGCAGGGUUUGUGCAAACCAAUAGCAGAAUAGCCAUUGGAGCUGCCAUUUCUCCUGUAUCAUCUUAUGCAGGCAACCAGUAUGACAUUACAAUCCUCAUUUGGAAGGAUCCAAAAGUAGGUAACUGGUGGAUGGGAUUUGGUGACAAUACCCUAGUAGGGUAUUGGCCAGCAGAGCUAUUUACACAUCUAGCAGACCAUGCCACUAUGGUGGAGUGGGGUGGUGAAGUGGUCAACUCUAGAGCCAACGGUCAGCACACUUCAACCCACAUGGGCUCCGGCCGCUUUGCAGAAGAUGGGUUCGGAAAAGCUAGCUAUUUUCGAAACUUACAGAUUGUCGACUCCGACAACAGUCUCAACACACCACAAACUAUCUCUGUAUUAUCUGAGAACAUAAAUUGCUACAACAUCGAAAGCUCUUACAAUAAUGAAUGGGGCACAUAUUUUUACUAUGGAGGUCCUGGAUACAACCCGCAGUGUGCAUGAUCACAUUCGUCUUACAACUAUUAUCAUCCGAAUAUUUGAGAAAAAGGGUAAAAAAAAAAAAAAAAAUUCUUAGGAAUGUAAGGUAAAUUCUGUAUUGUCAAAUUCUUUGAUCAUGUAAUUAUAUUUUUGCUUGUUUCUGUCAACUCUUCAAAUAUGAGAGGAAGGAAUUAGCAAUAGCCGUCUCUUAUUUUGAUUGCUAGUUGUUUGUAAUUGUAGCUUCAUUUGCCAAAGAAAUAGCUGUCUCUUAUGUUAAUAACUCUUAUGAUUGAGUGUGAGUAGACAGAAUUUUCUGUCCAUGAAAAAUGUAAAUCACUAACAUUUAAGCAUAAAACAAACUAUAAGAUGAAAAUUCUAGCUAACCAAAUUAAGCAGAUCAAAGACUUUUCUAACGAAAGCGAAAAGAUAAAAUCAUCCAUUAGUCAAACGUAGAAACCCCGCCCAAAAGACUCAUUCCAACCUAUUGGACACGGGUCCACGAAGAGCUGUCUAAUCAACACGGCAUGUGAGUGUAGACUCCGACUAUAAACGCAUCACAUCUAACUCCACAGCAAAAUAAUUGAUUGAUGGUUACAAGGCCAAGACUGAGUAACUAAGUGGAAGCUUCAGAUGAUUAUUUAUUUCUGUCAAAACAGAUUUCUCAUGUAACUUUUAGCAUUAGAAUUUUAGCACCCAAUUAGAGAUUCUAUCUGAUAAGAGUUAUUAUUUGAAAUUCAAAUAAUUAAGUUGAUUUUAUGAAGCAAAAUUAAGUAAAAUUCAGUGACCACAUGUAAAAUUACCUCUGAGUUCCGCUAAGUUCCUUCUCAAGAGUAAAACCUCUCAGUAAAUGAACAGUAGAGAAGAUUAAUUAAGUUCAAGGUGCAUGGUCCUUUCCAACUCUCCUUUUCAAACUUGUUUCAGCAUCUGCAAUACUUUACUUUUCAAAGAAAAUGAAUAGAAUUUUCUGCUCUAAAUAAAUGAUCAAGGAAAAAUCGUCCAAGUUGUAGGACCACUAUAUCCAACAUCAAUGAAUGUAUACGUCAAGGUUGUCACCUUUGCAUACGUUGGGAAACUUAAGGAGAUCAUUUUCUUGGGUAUAAAUACAAUCCAAAAAUACCCAAGUUCUCACAUUACCAAGUAACCAUUUUCUUACACAUUGCACUCAUGGCCUCUGCAAGUUUCAUUCUGUUUAUCACCGUUUCCUGUCUUUUUAGUCUAAACUGCAUUUCCCAUGCAGAAACUGAUACACUCAAACAAGGGCAGAUGCUGCGGGAUUGGGAGCAGCUGGUUUCUGCUUCAGGAGUAUUCAGGUUGGGAUUCUUCAGUCCCAACCGAGCACAAUUAGGUAUGCUCGGCCCUUCAGGUCCACGCCAUUUGGGAAUAUGGUUUAAUUAUCUACCAUAUUUUUCAGUUUGGGUGGCCAACCGAGUAGAUCCUGUUCCUGAUUCCUCCGGUGCUCUAACCAUUGAUGGUGAUGGAAAACUGAAGAUCUUAUAUCAAGGAGGCCUGCCAAUAGUUAUAAAUCCCAAUAUGGCUGUAAAAGCUUCAGGUGCCAAUAAUAUUACUGCCACUCUACUAGAUUCAGGAAACCUUGUGAUUCAACAAGUUGAUUCCAGUGGAAAUGCAGGACGUGUUUUAUGGCAGAGUUUUGAUUAUCCCCACAACGUCUUGCUGCCUGGAAUGAAAAUAGGCAUGAAUCUCAAGACUGGCCAAAACUGGUCGCUCACUUCAUGGUUAAGUGAGAAAGUUCCAGCUCCAGGGGCUUUCAGGCUUGACCUGGAUCCAAGUGGAGUUAACCAGCUACUUGUUCGGCGGCGAGACGACGUUUACUGGUCAAGUGGGGUAUGGAAGAAUGGGAGCUUUGAAUCAGCACCCGAGCUGACAAAAAGAAACGAUAUAUAUGAAUUCAGCUUUGUGGCAAAUGAUGAGGAGAAGUACUUCUCAUAUUCUGUGAAAAACAAGUCUGUAUUAUCCAAGUGGGACUUGGACACACUUGGCCAAAUUACAACGUUGACUCUGGAGAUGAGUGUUAAUUCUACUACAUAUACAUUUGAAUCUACAAGUCCAUGCCAGUACAGUUCCAAGAAUUCAACCGCAGUUUGCCUGAGCGAGCCCCCCAUCAAAUGCAGGAAUGGUUCAGAGAUUUUCGUGCCAAAGAGGGGCUACAUCGAUUACAAUGAUUAUUAUUGGUAUUAUGAUUCUGAUAUGAACACUGGUCUUAGUGAUUGUCACGCCAAAUGCUGGAAAAAUUGCACUUGUGUUGCCUACAAGUCUCUAUCUAGUGAUGAAACUGGAUGCCGGUUUUGGAGCAAAGGAGCGAAGUUCAACCCAGAUGAUUACUCUGAAUUUGUUUACCUUCUUACUCGUGAAAAUAGCAAAGGUAAUUUAGUGUAAGGAGGUGGCUGUGUGGACAGAUUAAAGAAAUAAUAAUAAAAUGCACUUGAAAUGAAGGCAUAGUUAGCCUCUUGUGAACCCUGUAAGGUUGGCUUGAUUGUGUGAUUUUAUUUUAUCAACUAUCAUCAAGAGGUCGAAAGCACCUAUAUUAUCAGAAA